CAGAAGCUCAGAAAAGCAGUGCCAUAAUACAAGAUUGAAAGAAGAUAGUUCAAUAAGACAGAAGAAAUUCAAAUUGUGCGGUAGCCAUCUUUGACCAAAAAUGACCUUUCUCUAUGUUUUGAUGAUUACCCUGUCAGCAUCUUUGGCAAGCGCUGAGAAAAUUGUUAGAGUGUGUUACUACACAAACUGGGCACAGUAUCGAACAAGUCCAAUGGAAUACUUUCCAGAAAAUGUAGAUGUUUCAUUAUGUACCCAUAUUAUUUAUGCUUUUGCGAAGAUUGAAAACCACGAAUUGAAAAGUAUUGAAUGGAACGACGAUAAAAUGUUUAAGAAAUUCAGAGAAAUUCAACAGGCAUAUCCAUCACUUAAGUUAUUGUUGGCAGUUGGAGGCUGGAACCACGAGGCAGGUGCCAUAAGCAGAUUUUCCAACAUGGUAAGUACACCAGAAACGAGACUGAUAUUUAUCGAGUCUGCAAUUAAAUUCCUUCGACGAAUUGGCUUCGAUGGUCUUGACUUGGAUUGGGAAUACCCAGCGCAUAGAGGUAAUUCCCCGCCUGAAGAUAGAGAGAGGUUCAGCUUACUUGUCGAAGAGCUCGUGGAAGCGUUCGCACAGGAAUCGGAACUCUCCGGAAACGACCGACUAUACCUUACAGCUGCAGUGGCAGCCGCCCCUACUGAAAAAGUUACCAAGGCAUAUGAAGUGGCACGAAUCAGCAAGAGCUUGGAUUGGAUCAAUCUGAUGACGUAUGAUUUGCAUGGUAGUUGGGAGAAAAUUACUGGACACCACACAGCAAUGACAGGUGAUGAUAAACUGACCGUACCAGAUUCAGUUAAAAACUGGAUAGAGAAUGGAAUGCCAGCUAACAAGAUUGCGUUGGGAAUGGGCCUCUAUGGACGGGCGUUCAAACUAGUCUCAGCAUCUAAUCACGACAUUGGUUCCGAAGCAGAUGGAGUUCCCGUGAAAGGUCCGUAUACAAAAGAAGCAGGCUUUUUGGCCUACUACGAGAUUUGCUCUGACAAAUCUUUGACGACCGUCGAAGAAAGCUCGGCUGGUGCAUCGUACGCAUACGCUGAUGAUGUAUGGAUUGGUUACGACACACCGAAUAGUCUGCAAAGUAAAGUCGACUUAAUCAAACAAGAAGGUCUUCGAGGCGCGAUGUUCUGGUCCCUCGAUUUGGAUGAUUUCACAGGAAAAUGUGGAGAGAAGAACCCAUUGCUCACAAAGGUGACGAAGGAAUUAGAAGGAGGGGUGUAUGUAGAUUCUGAAGAGAAACCUACAGAGAUGACUACUGACACGCCACCUAAUGAAACAUCAACUCCGAGUGAGGCAGUUGAUACGACGCCUGUUGCCAUAUCACCCGAGGGGUCAAAAAUAAAACCCGGAUCGUGUAAAGCGGUGGGGGAGUGGGCAGGUGAUGACGGAAUGGAUGAAUGGUGCAACAAUAACUGCAUCAGAGGAUAUUGUCCUAAAACUCGUUGUGUUUGUGAGUAUGUCGAUGGAUUAAACACCAUAAAAAACUUUCAUCGUAAAGUUAUCAAUGCCGGAUCAAUUCAGAGUGAAGAUGGAUACAAUGGAAUCGCUCAAAAUGACGUGUCCAAUGACCAGUUGCAUAACCUACAAAAGGAGAGUCAACGAGCGAAAUUCAGAGAACACGAAGGUCGUAGAUUGAAUAAUGAUGAACAAGAUAUAUACGAUGCUGAACACGUGGUUUUAAACAAGGAUAAUAAAUUAGAUGGUCAUGGAUUGAACGAGGCACAAGAGGAUAUAUACGAUGCUUAACACGUGGUUUUAAAGAAGGGUAGUAAAUUACAUGUUUGUAAAUGUAGAUCGUCCAGGUUGGUAUAUCUUCAGAUGACUACCGCUGACAGGUAAUAAAAAGAUGGCAGACUAUUAAAAGACUAUUAAUUACAGGUAAUAAAUUAGAUGGUCAUGGAUUGAACAAGGCACAAGAGGAUAUAUACGGUGGUGAGGCUAAGAACGGAAGUAAUACGUUCAAUCAAAAAAAUGAAGGGGGAAAUGGCGAGAGAAUAAGUCCUGGGUCUUGCGAAGCAGCCCAACCGGGAUUUUUUUCUCGACCGGGAAUUUUUUUCUCACAAUAAAUUUGCUUUACUGAACUACCAUCCGCAAACAGAUCGUUUUUCCGAAGAAAAAAGAAACUUGAAUAUCCAGUUUCAUAAAAAGUAUUGAGUCGAUAACUCGCAUUUUAACUUUUUACGGAGCGAAAAAUUUUUUGUCAUUUUCAUCGAUGUUGAUAGUGCUUUAAAUACUAAAUGGUUGUCGUCUCGAUACCAAUAAUGGAAUAUCCUUAAAGACUUUAAUAUGUUUUAAAGGAAAACCGCAGCGUAAGAGCAAAUCGACUGUAUAUGACAAAAAUAUAUAGUAGCUAUAAGAUGUUUUCAUUCUAUAGGUAAAUUUUUUGGAAUAAAAAUUCAUACCAACAAAUCCUUUAAAUUUAUUUGAAAAACGUAAUAAUACUUUUGCACUGAGGAUAACGUUGAAUUGAAAUAAAUAUAGUUAAAAGA